UGAAAUAGCAUUCCUAAAUGCGUCGCUUUUGAAGUCGAUUUAAACGAGAACGCUGGGACGCGUCCAAAGUCUGACGAAACGCACGGCACGUGGAACAGGAGUGUCGCAACUCCGUAACGUCUGCAAAACAGAGACGAGAAAAAGAAAUCUACGACCGUUAUCGGCCGCUUUGAAACGCAUCAAGUGAAUCCGCGGCGAAGUCGAAGGAUGAAAUACCAGUAAAAUUUUCGUUCCUCGUCUGUCAACGAAGAAGGCAAUAAAAGAAAGGAGGCGCCAACGGAGUCAUCGGGCACAAUCGUAAUACACGGGCACGCUCGGAACGAGAGAAAGUACGCCCUGUUCGUGUGUCGUCACCAUCCUGGAAAAUUUCGUUCCCGAAGCAGCAAAAGCCUACCUCGGAUCCAGCUCGAGUCCACGCGCUCAAGGAUUGCGCAAUCCCGGAGUGAGAGAGGAACGGGUUAACCUGAAAGACAAGCAUCGUAUUCCGAGCUCAGUACCAGAGUCAUUUCAAAGGAGCGAAGGUGUCUUCAUGCCGCAAUACAAUUGCUGAAUCUGCCGUAAGAGACGGACUGCGUUUUCAUCGCCAACGCCGCUAAUCUAUUUACGAUAAUUGUAGUCGACGACCACGCCUCGCAGUGAUUAUUAAAUGAAGCUGAGCUCUAGACAGAUAAAUACGAGAUAGGCCUAAGGCUGAAGAAGACAAAGGAGUAAAACAAAAAAUAUUUAACGGCGCACCAAACUAAACGUCACGUUCACCAUAGAUAAUCUACGUCACACGUAAAAACGGCUUUAGCAUCGGGCAGACUUAAGUAGUGGCCUUUUGCACAGGUGCACGCGAAUCGAAGAAGGAAUGCAAUAAUUUUUAAACUAUCCACUGUUAGAAUAUACGGUAGCGGAGAGCAGCUCAAGGUAAUAAGUCUUUCAUAGCGCGUUUCUAUUUUGGACACUGCAGGAACUGUGAAUUGCUUUUCACCGACAUUAUGUUGAAAGACCCGAUACAUCAUUUUGUUUUUGUCUUCACUAAAGCAUUCACCUUUCUUUUACACUGAAAAGUUGUUUGCCAAAAUCUUAAUGACGUGCGAAAAUUAAGUACCUAUUAAAGUUGACAACAUUUCGGUAUAAACGUAUUUUAUCAAAAGAAAAACAGAAUAAGUUUCGUACAGCUAAAAUCAUUCAGCUAUAAGUAACUCCCAUACAAUAUUUUUCUGGGUUUGUACAGCUAUGAUUGUUGUUUGAGAAACAUACACAGCAGGAAAUUUUAUUCGGCACCCAUUUCAAAUUUCAUUAGCUGUAACGAUCAAGUAAUAAUUGAUAUGUGCGUCGGGUGGCCGAAAGGGAUUACACAGUGUGCGCUACGCUCCUAAACCGUACGUUUUGAGCGCACUUUUCAAAAGACGAAAAAAAAGAUCAGUCAAGUUAAUUCAUUUCUAAGCUUCACUUCUAAACACUAAGCAAUUCGUUCAAGUCCUAAGAGCACACGAUGCAAUAGGUUCGAGAUGGGUAGGGAUAAACUUAGGUGCGUAUAUCAAGUUUUUAGACGCCGCAAGGAAAAGCGAGAGACCGUGAAUGAAUUACGAAGAAAUUAGAGCCUGUUAUUAAUAGCUCAGAUACGUCAGAAUGCACAGUACCUCACUGUGUAAAUAAGGUAACUAUGCACAAUCAAAUCCAUAGCCUCGUAAGAACGAAACACAGUGUACACAUUGCGAGCAGGCGGAAUAAUCUUGGAUGAACAGGCACAGUAAGAAGCCCCGCAACCCCGAGAAAUAUAGUUAUCGAUAAGGGUUUGCAGAUAUAUGACUUACUACCAGCCUUCCAUUGUCAGUGUGUGGAAAGGACACAUGUCACACAUGGCUCUCGGGAGUGUCCACGAAGAUUUUAGGUAAGCAUAGUUUGACCGCCAUCUAGGUGCCCAGGUGUAAAGUAUACGAAAACAAAUUGUUUAAUGCCAAGUAAUAAUCGUACACUGUAUCCAGCUCCACCGAACCAAACAGGUCAUGUGGCAUUUGUAAUGGGCCGCGGAAGGUGACAGUGAGGUCAGUCGUAAAGCAUCGGUUGUGGGACGUAACGUGAACAGGGACAGUCGAUUGAGGUUUAGGCCUCGAAGAGGAUGGGUUUAGGCGACGAAAGUUCCCGUUCGAAUCUGGCGGCAGCAUUCCGAGCCAUGUCGAAGCCGAAGACGCAGCAGCUUCCGCCUCCGGCCGUGGUCAUCACGCUGGACACUGACCCGUUCACCGUGGAUGCCAGUCCGGUUACCACGCCCACCGCUGCCACCACACCCACGCUCGCCAAGGGACGAAUGUCCCUGCACAGAGACUCUCUGCUGCCCGUGCGUGUGGACUCGACGACGUCGGCCGAUUCCAAAGUGAAUGGUGUGUACAGUGCGACUGGUUCAGGCUCCAACUCGCCACGGGUACAGGUCUUUCCGAUGAGAUCGCGCGAGAACUCCGUGGUCCAGGACCAGUCGGGCACCGGCAGCAGCAUCGACCUCUGCCUCGGCAUUUCGGGUGAUGGCCCGGCGGAUGGAGUGCCGCCGGGGACGAAGACGGACCGGCGCUGUUGCAACGAGAACAGCCGCAAGGUGUCGCUGGGUCUGGUGAUGACGCUACUCAUCGCCGCCUCGUGGGUCGGGGCGGCGCAUAUGCUCAAGGCCACGUUCGCUGAGAGCAACAGCCCUGCCAAUCAGAGGCUCACCAGGGAGGGCCGACUCAACGUCACCGAGGUCACAUUCGACGCGCCCUUCUUCACCACAUGGGUCUGCGCAAGCUUCAACACAUUCUUCUUUCCCAUCUUUUUGAUGGGGCGACUGUGCUCCCGGACAGAGAAGACCAGUGCCAAGAAUGUGCUCAUCGAGACCCUGGCGCAGCUGCAGGAGAAGCAGUUCACCUUCUCCCAGUUCUUCUCCCGGUGCGGUCUCUUCUGCCUCCUCUGGGUGGUGACCAACUACGCACUGGUGCACUCGCUGCGCAUCCUAGACACCACGGACGUGCUGGCACUGUACGCCUCCAACGUAUCCUUCGUGUACCUCCUCUCCUGGGUCAUCCUUCACGAGCAGUUCGUCGGUAUCCGGAUUGUGGCGGUGAUCCUGUGCAACACGGGGAUCGCGCUACUGGCGUACAUGGACGGAGUCACGAGAACCAUGACGCUCGGCGGAGUGGUGCUCUCGGCAGCCGCGGCUGCCGGCUCCGGGGUGUACAAAGUGACGUUCAAGAAGCUCAUAGGCGACGUGACUUUUGGUCAGCUGUCGCUCUUCUUCAGCCUUAUUGGCUUCCUGAACCUACUGCUCAUGUGGCCAGUGCUGCUGGCGCUGUACCUGCUGCGCUUCGAGACCAUCGUGUGGAGCCGCAUGCCUUGGGGAAUGCUCGCCGGCGCUGGUGCCCUUUCUUUACUAUCAAACCUGCUGGGAAAUUUCGGCAUCGUCUGGACUUUCGAAAUAUUCCUCACAUUAGGACUUGCGUUUGCAGUGCCAAUUUCUGCGAUCGUAGACGUGUACAUCUACGAAGUGAUGUUCGAAGGCAUGAAGCUGGCCGGAAUCUUGCUCAUCCUCAUCGGUUUCAUGCUCGUGCUGCUGCCGGAGGACUGGCCCGACUACCUGACCAUGAUCCUACGCUAUCGACGGAGCAGUCGCCGGCGCCGCACCGUCGCCAAGAAGCCCACGCCGCAGGACACCGCCACGGGACACCGCUCCCGCCUCAGGACACCGUCCGGUCGCAUCAAGUAGCGCUUGGACGGGUUUGAGCUCGGGGAUCUGCUCAGAGUUCAAAUCCAGAACAGGCGAUUAGAGCAGACGGCGCACUUCAGCGUCGACAUGGCCAACACGGUGUACGGUGGCCAGAGGACUCCCGACAGCGAAGCCCACGAAUACAUAUUCUAACCAGGGGAGCAGUGAACGGUGCGCGCAAACGCGGGACGUUCUCAUCGUUUGAACACGUUGUUGCUGCGAUGGAUGCGAUAGUACUACGGUUACUGCUGUCUCGCACAAGUUCUGUGCAGGACGCGCAUCGAUUGUCGAUUACACUGGCAAGGAAUCGUGGGGCUGUUGUUACUGCCACUGAACUUCACUUGAGAGGUGUUUGUUGCGACUACUUCACAAUCACGACCGUACCGUCUUGACGUGCUGCUAGUGUAAGUACGAACUUUGGCUCGAAGGGCGG